GAGAGAAGAGUAGCUUAAAAGGCGUGAAGUAUCUAAACACAAUUAUAUAGUGUAAGAUUCCAACCACAAUGCGCGGUGACACGCGUGAUCUCCAUCUUCGUCUUCUUCCUUACUCCUCCUCACUCUCUCUUACUUUCCUUUCUUCACUUCACCACUAACCCCUCAAAUCUUCUUCUCAUUUACACAUAACACAUAUACUCACACACACCAGAAUCAUCCACCUACCCCCCUCCUCCUACCCCAAGCCAUUUCCUCUCGGCUUACAUCAUUCACUCUGUAAAUAUAACCUACACAUAAAACAUACACACACACACACACCUUUAUAUAUAAAUAUAGUUAUACCACUACAUGUUCCUUCCAUUUUCACCCUUUAAAAAGCUAGAUCUUGGGUUCAAUGGAGAUUUGGAAGGUGGGUUUUGCAGCGAUGGUGGUGGGGUUAACUAUGGUGGUUGAAUGUGGGGUGGUAGCGGCGGAUAUGUUGUAUUCCUCAAAGUUAGUCCACAGAUUCUCCGACGAGGUGAGGAAACUUGGGGUUUCAAGGAAUGGGGAAGUGUGGCCGCAGCAUAGGAGCUUGGAGUAUUAUGGGAGGUUGAUGAGCAGCGAUUUGCAGCGGCAAAAAAUGAAACUUGGUCCUCAGUUUCAGCUUCUUUUCCCUUCUGAGGGUAGCAAAACGAUGCCCUUGGGAAAUGACUUUGGAUGGUUACAUUACAUGUAUAUUGAUAUAGGAACCCCAUCUGUUUCUUUUCUCAUCGCACUGGAUGCUGGAAGUGACUUGCUUUGGGUUCCAUGUGAAUGUGUACAAUGCGCUCCUCUAUCAGCCAGUUACUAUAGCAGCCUGGAUAAAGAUCUAAACGAGUACAAUCCAUCCGGCUCAAGCACAAGUAAGUUCCUGUCAUGCAGCCAUCAGUUAUGCGAACUGGGUUCAAAUUGCAAAACCCCUAAGCAGCCUUGCCCAUACACUGUGAACUAUGUGUCAGAUGAUACAUCCACAUCUGGAGUGCUCGUGGAAGAUAUCUUGCACCUUGCAUCAGGCAGCCGUAUGGCAGCCAACAGCUCUGCUAGAGCUCCAGUCAUUUUCGGAUGUGGUAGUAAGCAAACUGGUGGUUACCUAAAUGGAGUUGCACCUGAUGGUCUUUUGGGUUUGGGACCUGGAGAAAUUUCAGUUCCUAGUCGUCUUGCAAAAGCUGGUUUAGUCCAAAACUCCUUUUCUCUUUGUUUUAAGGAAGAUGAUUCAGGAAGGAUUUUCUUUGGAGACCAAGGGCCUGCUAGCCAGCAGAAAACUUCCUUCUUGCCUUCAGAUGGACAAUUUGUUACUUAUGUUGUUGGGGUGGAAUCAUGUUGUGUUGGGAGCUCCUGUAUUGAACAGACAAACUUCAAAGCCAUUGUGGAUAGCGGGACAUCCUUUACAUUUCUCCCAGAUCAAAUUUACGAUAGAGUCGUUAAAGAGUUUGACAGGGAAGUGAAUGCUUCAAAAGCUAGCUUUGAAGGAUAUCCUUGGCAAUAUUGCUACAAAUCCAGUUCUGAAGGGUUACCAAAGAUUCCUUCAUUUACUCUGAAGUUCAUGACGAACAGCACUUUUAUAGUCCAGGAUCCUGUAUUUGUGAUUUAUGGCAGUCAGGGUGCUGUUGGAUUUUGUUUAGCUGUGGAGCCUUCGGGCAUAGAUAUCGGAACGAUUGGACAGAACUUCAUGACGGGAUAUCGGAUGGUGUUUGAUAGAGAAAACCUGAAACUGGGUUGGUCACUCUCUGACUGUCAAGACCUUACUGAUAGUAAUAGACUGCCAAUGACUCCAGCGAAUGGUAGUUCACCAAACUCACUGCCAACAGACCAGCAGAAUUCCCCUAAUAGCUCCGGAGUUGCACCUGCUGUUGCUGGAAGGACACCCUCGAAAUCUGCUGCACCAACUAAUCGUCGAAUCUCAUUCAAGUUAUGUUUAACGAAGUUGCUGUUUCCAUUGCUUCUCGUGUCAAGUAACUUCCGACAAUCCAUGUAUACAUUGACCUUAUAAGCUUGAUAAUGGUAUGCCCUAUAGGUUCAUAAUAUGUGUAGUUUUUCCUGUAAAUCCUGUCUCCGUCAUGUGGAGCCGUUUUUGUUUUCUUAUUCCCCAUCCCGCGCUCCUCCCCCACCCUUUUUUUUCCGGGUUUAUUGUGAUUUUGUUUAUUAGUCAGAUAGGAUGGGGCUGCUAGAUGAAGAGCUUGUUUUAUGCAUCUUCUAACUUUGGAUGUUUAAUUUCUUAUUCCCUUAUCAGGUACUGUUAUACAUACGUAAUGCUCACUUCUGACUUCCAUUCA